AUAUAUCGUGUUGUGUAAAUAAAGUAGGUCUCGAUUUCAAAGAGAAAGAGAGUAUGACAGUUCAGUUACAGAUACUUACUUUAGUGGCAUGCUUUUGCUUUUUUGAAAACUGCAAAGGCGAUGGCUGCCACUCGGGGUGGAUUGCUUUCGGAGAGAAAUGUUACAUGCUAUCGCGCAUGCCUGAACCUUGGGCUACAGCCUCGAGUUACUGUCAGUCAUAUCACGGAAAAUUAACCGAACCGACUACACAGGAGGAAGUGACAUUUCUUGCUAAUCACGUUCACCAGCUAAAGAUGUUCUUUUGGAUUGGAGUAAGUGACGUCAUUGUUGAGAACCAAUGGAUUUACUCUUCCACACAAACCAACUUAACAGUCAGCAACUGGAAGCACGGACAACCAGACGGACAUUCCGGAGAAAACUGUGCAUUGAUGGACGGACAUUCGAAUGGACAGUGGAGAGAUUGGAACUGCAAUUCCUCUCUGAGAUUCAUUUGUGAAAAGUAUAUAGAAGAAAGCACCCCGCCAUCUUCUCAAAUAAUAGGAUGACGUGAUAAUGUAUAAUGCUGGUAUUAAAGUGUGUUCAGUAACGACUUGA